CAAAAAACCACCGUGUCCUCCUGUUCCGAGCUGCGUGACAUUAGUUAAUCCCGUCGUCGUUAGUCGCAAUCAAGUCAUUCAGUUCAUUACCUCAGUAGCCCGCGCAACCUCUGAGAGAUGUCGACGUUCAUAUUUACAGUCCUAGUCCUGGCGACUGCGACGGCAGCGCCGCACCACUCGCACGACAAAGGCCAGAAGGCGGAGAAGCACCCGACAUGCCAGGAGUUCACGCAGGGACUCUCCUUCAACGACAGCCAGGCAGUGGGCAUCUGGCACCUGCUACAUUACAAGAACGAGCCCGCCGGCGGCUCAGCUGCCGCACACUGUGUUCAAAUCACUCCUGUCAAUGACCAAGAACGCAAGGAUUUAAGUGAGCUGAUCGGCAAAUAUGUAGAGAAUUUGAAAUGGGAGAGCAUUACGCUGAAGAUGCAAAUUCCUUGCCCGAACCACAAGACGAACAAGACUCGGGACUACUACCUGGAGAAACUCGAAGGCGAUGGCUCCUACAGGACUCUGCAGAUUCCUCCAUCUACAGUUAAGCUGGACUUGAGCGACUUCAACCGCUACCCGAUGCGUCUGAAGGCCAUCGAGAGCCAGUACCUCGGCAUGAUGGACUGUCACGAGAAGUUUGUCUUCAUUAUGGGCAGGGAACAGCCAGAGGGCAAAGACAUCGACGAACGACUCAAGAAGAUGAUUCAAGUCUACUGGCCUGAAGAAUAAAUUCAACAAGUUUCUAUAACAGAAAUACCUAUAUUAUUCAGAAUUUUAUACUAUAAACAUUAAACAUAUUUAAAGCUGCAA